UAUCAGGAUUUAAGAGUGCAUGAAUUACCACUCCACAGCGGGUUACGUUACGCAAGAGCUGCCGUCAGAACAGGGGAUCACAGGGAGCAGGGAGAGAGGGAAAGCAGAGAGGAUGACAUAGAGAGAAGGGACAGAGGCAGAGAGUAAAGAGAGAGAGGGAGUAGAGGGAGAAAGAGAGAGAGAAAAUCAGGAAACGGAGAGCAAAGCAGGGAGCAGAGAUUGCAGGGACAGGCAGAUUACAGAGGGGCUACGAACCACAGCGCACCAGCGACAUGGACAACACACAGACGUCUUUGUCUCCACUGAGGGAGUGAAGAGACGAGACAAGGACUGGGAAGAGGACAGGACACUGCGAAAGGAAGUGAUUUGAAGAACGCUGUGUUUCUGCAGCUUUUGCUGGGAGACCUCAAGUGGCGGGACGGUAAGGGACCAGCUGUGAGUGUCAUCUGGCCAUGAGAGAGUGACGGAGAAAGGACAUCUAGUGCUACUGAGGACAUCUUGGUAUCUUCCUCUCCUGCCUGUCCCCAUGUCUAGAGGUGGGAGGCCCCUGUGUGGGUGGGCCCUGAUGUGGCCCCUGGCGUGUGCACUGGCCCUGGUUGCAUGCUCGUCGGUCAGCCCCCUCCUCCAAGAGACCACCUCUGAUCCUCCCAUUUCUACAGAGACACAGACUGAAGUACGGACACAGCCAGACCAUCAGACAGAGGCACAGACACUUGCAAAGUUUCAGACCCAGCCAGAGCUACGGACAGAGGCACAGACUGUGGCAGAGACACAGACAGAGCUACAGACACAGCCUGAGCUACAGACUGAGUCCCCAACAGAGUUAGAGUCACAGGCAGCUACCAGCAACCACACAGGUCUGUUGUGUGUGUCCGUGCUUCCCCCGAGGCGGGGAUCGUUCUAUGUAGAGCGUGGGACGGGGGUGUCGGUGGGUACAGUGCUGGCCUUCUGGUGCAGGGAGGGCUACCAGCUGGUGGGCAGUGAUAAGAUCUCCUGCAGCGUCCGGGCAGGCAAACCCCAGUGGAACAACUUCCUGCCAGUCUGUGAGGCCAUCCCGAGGCCAGAGGACCGGGGUCUGCGCGUGGCCGUGCUGGCCUCGGUGGUCAGUGGCAUCGUCAUCCUGGCAAUGUCUCUCUCCUUCAUCAUCUGCUGCCUGCAGGAACGCACAGGGAAGGACAGGGCCACCAGGAGGGACGGCAGGAGCAGGCGUAGAGACACGCGGUCUUCUCGGCGUAGUGAGUGCUGGCUGGAGAGAGAGGACGGGGAUUGGGACACGUUCCCCCCUCCUAAGAUCUUCCACCUGGCCCAGCGGCCGGACCUCCGGCUGGCUGCAGAGAGCCCGGUCUACCUGGGGGGCAUGGCCGGCUUCGACAACCGCGGAUACCAGAAGAGUCAGGAGAGCCUACUGAAGGCCCCGCUUCCUGGUCUGUUCCGGGCGGAGAGUCAGAUCAUCUACCCCCACGUGGUGCUGCAGAGAGUCCCCACCCCCACCGCCCCGACUGCCCCUACAGCCCCUGUCUACCUCCACAACAUGCCCUCCAGCUCUGCCUCCAACUCUGGAUGUGCUCCCUCACAGCCACACCACAUGCCCCCGUACCCUACCCCGCAGUAUCCUAUCCACAACUCCACCCCCCAGCGAGUUCCAUGGCAAACGCAGCCCCAUUGAACUGUCACUGUCCCCUCUCUCUCUCCCUCUCUGUAGGUCAAGGGUCAAGGAGGAAGUAUCAAAUAACAAAAUAUUCCCUAAUAAGUGUGCUACUUUUGAGCAGAGCCCUAUGCAGUUAACAUACACGUUUUGGUCAAAGGAAGUGUAACACAUAGGGAAUAAGGUGUUAUUUGUGAUUUGAGAACAGUCCUCAGACCCCUGUCAGUGAGAUGCUUCUACUACUGCAAGGAUAGAUGGAUGGGACACAUGUUACUGUACAUACUGUAUGAUAUGGACGGACAGACAGACAGACAGACAGACAGACAGACAGACAGACAGACAGACAGACAGACAGACAGACAGACAGACAGACAGACAGACAGACAGACAGACAGACAGACAGACAGACAGACAGACAGACAGACAGACCAGAGGGUCUUUUCCAGCACUUUCUGACUCCUUGCCUCUUCUCUCACUGAGGAAGCCCUUUCUGCCGUUUCUAGUGUAUCUCUACACGGCAGAGAAGGGAUUUCUAUCUCUACCAUUCUCUCUGUGUCUCCUGUCAAGACUCUUGGUCCUUUUGUGGUGUCCUCCAUUUUCACAAGAGCAUUCUUCCUAUUAGUCUUCUGAUUGGUCAAAGUCACCCUCAGACCGGGCCUAUCAGGACACACUGAGCUGAAGUUCACUUGUUGAUGUCAUUGACUGAAGACUGUGAGAUGUUGUUUGGCGGUGGUCACCAAGUCUCGCCACCGACCAAAGAAGGGAAUGGACAUUUCUGAGGAAAAUGGAUGCAGAAAUCAUCCCCAAUACCAUGUAUGGGUGUAUAAUAUAUUAUUCUUAAAGGUCAUGAACAGUCAAAAUCAUGUUUUUCAUGAAUUUGGAGGAUAUUUGGAUGAAAGUAUGAAGACCAAAGUGUGAAAAAUGACUGUUUCUUCUACAUUGAUAAAGUUUGAUCAUAAAGUUACUGGUCCCCACCCCCGGUAUCAAACACUUGGAUUCAGGAAGCAGGAUUAUUAAGGGGAUAAGGUGACAUCACCCUAAUGCUCUCGUUUUAAUACACCAAUGGUAACAUGAUAUUCUCUUACCUAAUUUAAAUAAGUACUGCCUUGUAACCAACAUCGGAGAAAGUGUGCUUGCAGAGGGGCGUGGUUUAUAGAGCUAGAUAACUUCACUACUGGUGUUAGCUAGUCACUGGCUAGCUAGGUCUUCAGCCAGCGUGGAACUAAAGGGGAACGGGUCGUUCAGAACCAUGACACAGUUGUCAUGUCAACACAUCCUUCAGUGCUGAUGUGAACCGUAGCGCCGGAAAAAUUCCAAAUGGGAGAUGUAUAAAAAAAAAAUAUGUAUAUCAUUGAUGUGAUUUCAAUGUUGUUUGAGUAGCUUUGUGCACCAAAUUAGCUAGAGAGGAUUUUGCUGCAGUACUGCUCAUUGCAUCCAAGUUUCUUGACAUAGGCAUUUAAAAGAGCUCUCGAUCAAGGCGAGUUCAUGAAUAUAAGCUCCCCGUCCACUCAGCCUGUCUUUUCAAACUUCCUGGUAGUUAGCCAUGAGAGAAAAAGUAAUUUUCUAAAAUGUUUAGUAUUUAUAUCCCUAAAUAAUAUAAUGGGUAAUAUUUUUGUCACUCAAAAGUCUAUUUUACAUGGGAAUCAGAAUGACUCUUCAGGACCUUUUAAUGAUAUCAGAAGGCAUUUCAGCAAAGUUCACCCAUUAUUUUCCCCCAUUUGUUCUAAAGCUUUGGACUAAAAAAAUUGGAGAGCUCCUUACCUGUUGUUGAAGUCUUUGUCGUGGAUUUUUCUACGGUGGUAGGAGACUUGGAACAGUCACCAACUUACCUGCACUUUAUGGAUUUUACUGACAGGCUGGCAAUAGCAAUUGCAAGAACCUUGCACUGAUUAUUCCCGCAAUAUGUUUGUAUGAAAACUGGUUUCUACCUGAAAACUGAUUAAAUAGAUUUUUGUUUA